AUCAACGGCAACUCUAGCUUCCCCCCCACACCACGUGUCCUCAAGUGGCUUUGCGUUAAGACAUAUGCAGAUUCGUUCCCCACUAGUAAUUGUGUGAAUUAUUAUUAUUAAUCAGAGAGAGAGAUAAAGAUUUGAGGGAAUCUGAACGAUGAAGGCGGAGAAGAGUCCGAUUCAGACAGUGAUGUCGUGGAUUCGACGUCAACCGCCCAAGGUUAAGGCGUUUUUCGGUGUGGUUACGGCAAUGACGGUGCUCGUCUUCCUCAAGGUCAUUGUCCAUGAGCAUGACAACCUUUUCAUCGCUUCCGAGGCUGUCCAUGCCCUUGGCAUCUCCCUUCUUAUCUACAAGCUCACCAAGGAGAAGACUUGCGCUGGGAUCUCUCUCAAGACGCAGGAGUUAACGGCUCUGUUUCUGGCCGUGCGGUUGUAUUGCAGCUUUGUCAUGGAAUUUGAUCUUCACACGUUACUUGAUUCUGCUACGUUGUUGACGACUCUUUGGGUCAUCUAUAUGAUCCGUUUCAAGCUUACACCCACUUAUAUGGAAGACAAAGACAACUUUCCCAUCUACUACGUUGUAGUCCCAUGUGCUGUUGUAUCACUCCUCAUUCAUCCAUCGACGCGUCACCACAUCAUAAACAGGCUCUUUUGGGCAUUUUGUGUUUAUCUUGAAGCUGUUUCAGUUCUUCCUCAGUUAAGAGUCAUGCAGAACACUCAGAUAGUGGAACCAUUCACAGCACAUUACGUAUUUGCUUUGGGAAUCGCUAGGUUCUUGAGUUGUGCACACUGGAUCCUUCAGGUGUUGGAUUCAGGAGGGAGGUUACUGACUGCACUAGGGCAUGGAUUGUGGCCUUUAAUGGUCCUUCUCUCUGAAAUCAUCCAAACCUUCAUUCUUGCAGAUUUCUGCUAUUACUAUGUUCAGAGUUUAAUGGGUGGACAGCUUGUUCUUCGUCUUCCAUCUGGUGUGGUGUAAGAAACUUGAGCUUGUAUGGAGCUUCUUUAUCAUGAUCAUAGACUUUUGAGAUAUAGUUUUACAUAUAUUUGCUAGCAAAUAACAGAAAGAAACCUUGAUCGCAAGAAUUAAUUUGUCUAAUAAUGUCAAUUAAUCAGUUUUUCUUGUGA